UUCACGUCGACCGGCUGCCGCGUCGCUGCCGGCUCCGAGCGCUCAGUCACGUUGCCGCUCACGCUCGUCAUGCUCACGCCGCUCUAAUCGGUCCGCGAAAAUUCGAACCUAUGACGAUGGACUUUCAGAGUGCCAUGGAGACUUUCGCUGAAGCCUGGGUCGCCGCCAACGCCAAGGGUGCUCCACUAGCCGACGUCGCCACGCAGAGCCAGGCGUUAGCGCUGACGAGGACCUGCAAAACUCCGUCUCCUCCGAGCACGACUCCCGCCGCCACCGGCCGCUCCAGCCGGGAAUCCGCGGAGCGCGUCGCCACCCCCACGCAGCCCCGCACGCCUCCGGAGAGCACCGUGUCCCCGCCGUCCGUCAAAGAGGAGUUCGACGCGGCCAAGACCUCGACAGCUAAGUCGCUGCCCGUUCAUUGUAUCGUCGAAGCGAUUUGUACCUUGGAAGAAAACCGUUCCUUGCAACAUAAUGCUUGGAGACGAAGACCUAUGGUCGAAACCGAUAGCUACGUUAUAAUUCCUGUUGGAACUCCCUUUCAUAGCCUUGUGCAAGCCGCCCUGCUUCGAUUAGGCUAUUCCGCUGACAGUGCAGCUGCCGCGAAAGGUUCCGUUAUUAUCAAAAAUUGGAAGGCACUUAAUUUUGAGCAAAUAUCUGAUGAUCCUCUGGUAACAGUCGGUGACAUAUUAGGAGAAUUAACCACGAUAGCUACGCUCAGAAUCCAAGUAUUUCGAGGAAGACCUGGAACGAUAACUGACAUUAAGGAUAAACUUCUACGUUUCCUGCUUCUGCAAUCACACGGACUGCUAAUCUCUUCUGGAUGUCCUCUCGAUGAGAUCAUCCUCUCCCAAAUAUGUCGCACGUCACCAAAUUGCCCACCGUUACCCGAAAUAUCCGAAGAAAUUCGACGAAAAUUCGACCAGUGGUGGGCAACUCAAUUCAGUCCCCAAUCUCCUGCGGGAAGGUCCCAGUUUGGAGGUCCGUUUCCCAGCCAAUAUUCUGUUCCUCCGCAGGCAUCAAAAGCAACCGAACGGUCGUUGUCAGAAUCUGGACACCCGGCCAUGCAAACAGUUCAUAAUCAAUUCCCCACUCAAAAAACUCGAAUGCGCACUAGUUUUGAUCCUGAGUUAGAAUUACCUAAGCUACAACGUUGGUUUACGGAAAAUCAACAUCCCAGCCGCCAGCAAAUACAGCAGUAUGUAAAGGAGCUGAACGGUCUUGAAUCUAGACGCGGCCGCAAACCUCUGGACGUCAACAAUGUCGUUUAUUGGUUUAAGAACGCAAGAGCUGCCCAAAAACGCGCAGAAAUAAGAAACGUGACUCCCGGAUUAUCCUGUCACCUCGCUGUAAAUGGUUACAGCAAUCACAGCCCAACCAAUGGCACGGGCUUUUUAAUUUCUGAUGGUUACUUAAACUCGGAAAGGUUGACCGAUCACAGAUUGAAAAAUAAUUUAUCAGUUCGGAGGGGUCCGCAAGCUUCGCAUACUUCGGACGAAUUUUCGAACGCGGGAUCUGAUUUAGAAGAUGAAGAUAUGAGCGAAGUUCAACCUUCUAGUCCUUCGGUGCCACUUUCGCUGACAACCACACGCAAACACGACUCCAGAGAGAACAGUCCUCGACCGUCGACUCCUCCACCUCCUCCCAACAUCCAAGGCGACUUAUGUAAAGUCGAACCCAAAGAAGAACCGAUCAACUACCACUCGCCCGGCGACCACAUAAACAACAAUAAAAUCAACCUUUCUGAUAUGGAGGAGGACGAUCUUGAAACAGAACAUGAUAAUAAAAGUCAUUUUGACGGGAGCAAUUUGACUUCGCCGGCAAGUAGACAAAUAACUCAGCGUUACUCCAAUUCUCCUGAUGUAGAUACUUCCCUGCUGUCACGCACUCCAAGUGAUGGUAUAGAACGAUUAGCGGCUGGUUUUCCUCUUGUGCCAAAUUCUAUGUUUAGUCAUAGUAUAAUGUAUAUGAGUCAUUAUAUCCCUGGUUUGUCUCACACUGCAACGUCACCUCCUGGUUCUAGCGCUUUAGGAAUGUCAAAUCUGACGGCAGACGAACGUCGAAAACGUAACCGUACCUUUAUAGAUCCUGUUACUGAAGUACCGAGAUUAGAGCAGUGGUUCUCCCUCAACACCCACCCAUCUCAUAAUUUGAUAUUAAAAUAUACUGAAGAGUUGAACUGUAUGCCUUAUCGCCAAAAAUUUCCACGCUUAGAACCAAAGAACGUUCAGUUUUGGUUUAAAAAUCGUAGAGCUAAAUGCAAAAGGUUGAAGAUGUCGCUUUUCGACAGUCAGACGACGGGACAAUAUCACCACAGCGAGCGAGAUUAGAAUUUUCUUUUCACUGAUAUUCAUGGUGUGAUUUCUAACCUGUACUUAGACUGGUAUCCUGAUUUUCGUUGAAUAGGUAAUCAAUAAAAUUUUUAAUAGGGGUAAGGCAACUUGGUAUAGACAAUAAAACGUUUGCUCUCUUAUUGUCUAUCUGAAACAAGUGGACGGUCAGAAAUUGACGAACCUCGUUCUUACCUGAAUACUCGUUGGUUUUAAAUUUUUCUUUAUGUAUGCAACCAGUAUUACGUUGUUAGUAUGCUUGUAAUGGUACUUGCGCGAACGCGAUUCAAAGCAGUUGCAGGUACGACCCUUUUUAAAAAUUUUAUAAUAUAUGUUGAAUGAUAAUAAUUGUACCAAAGAUUGUUAAUAAAUUUGUAUUAUUGUAAACGAGAAGAUUCGUUUUGUUGAUAAUAAAGACAUGAUUGUACAACA